AUGGAUGUUGCCCUGCCAAAGAAGCAAGACCGAUGGCCUAAGCAACGGCGACUCGUACAAACCUCCCUCACGCAAUAUCGCCCUUUAUAUCGGGAGCUCAGGCUCGAGGACCCCACCACAACCAUCAGACUCUUGGAAGUCCUCCCCGGCCAACCAGAUGACCCCGUGAUCAAGACGCGGCUUUUCAAUGCGAGCCUCCAUUCCUUGGGUCACAAAUACGAGGCUCUCUCCUACGCCUGGGGUGAGGCGGUGAGCCUGCGGGAGAUGCGCUCUAUUCACGUCAACUCUUUCAAGUUGCCAGUCACUCCAAACUUGUACAAUGCGUUGAUCUCACUCCGCCAGCCAGAUCGUGCAAGAAUGCUGUGGGUAGACUCAGUCUGCAUUAACCAGGGUGACCUCAACGAGCGCAGGGAGCAAAUCGUGCUUAUAAGUCACAUCUACUCCAUGUCCGAGCAAACAGUCGUGUUCCUCGGGCCAUCAACUGCAAAGACUCGAGCGUUCUUCACCUUCCUGUCACUGCCCAUCUGCCAACUCUCUCACUGUGAAGAAUGCCAAAAGAAUCAUGCGCGGCCCUCGUGGGACCAGGCUCCCCUUGAGGCUUGUGCCGAGGCUGGGUUGGACGAGCAGGAUGUUCUAGAUGGCUUCGUGGAAGUUUGCAGCAUGUCGUGGUGGACUCGGGUAUGGAUUCUUCAAGAGUUCAUGUUGAGCAGAUCAGACCCGUUGAUGCAUUGCGGUCGCGAUACCGUCUCGAACCAUCAGUUCACGGCAAACUUUGAAUACAUGUAUGACUGGAUCCACCAUCGCAAGACACACCCGAAACCUGUCGAUGGCUGCACUGCUUGCGGAGGACAUGUUGGACAGCAGACCGAUGAGGUCAGUGAAGAUGGUUCGGAAGACAACGAGCAUUCUAUCAUAAGCGAAGGUGGGGAAGUCACCGAUGACUUAGGAGGUGAUGAUCUCUCAGUGGCGAGCGGAAGUAGUGGUGACGAGGAAGACGUUAUUGAAAUUGUCCGCCGCCGUCUCAGGGGCCUUCGUCUUGCUCCAAGAAGCACCGACGGCCACGAGUGGAACAUCUGGGGAGCUCGCGUCUGGCGCGUGAAGAGUGUGUUGCUCGGACGCACCCUUUGCCGGCCGUGGAAUGGCGGCGCGGAUGUUUACAAGUAUCUCAACUCGAGCUGCAGCGACCCCCACGACAUCGUCUAUGGCGUGCGAGAAUUGGCAGACCACGCCUUUCGGGACAUGUUCAUACCCGAUUACACUAUUUCAGUCCCGGACCUCUACACAAAACUGGCAACCUACCUCAUCAUGAUGGAGUACUGGUCAGACCUCUUCUGGUUUUACCCUCACCGCCUCAAGGAUAAAUUCCCAAGGCGAUCGCAAGAGUCAGCCAGCAUCCCCUCGUGGGUUCCAGACUUCACUCGGCGUGUGGAACUCAAGGCAGCAGAUAGAAUACCUGACGAGGAAGCCAAACCGAUUGAAAACAACCCAUUCAUCAUUGAUCGAGUCCUGUUCGUCACUGGGUGGGUCUUGGAUGAGAUCUUUCAAGUUUUUCCCCUUCCUAAAAAUGACCCUUUCAGAUUGUUGCAGCAGCUCUGGUAUAUCGAGAGAACUCACGGAUGGACUCCUUACGAGACAAUGAGUGGGAGUUCUUCUUACAAUCUCCACGCCUGGGACAAACCUAGGAGCACAGAGGUUCCCCCCAGGGCCGUUCAUGCCUUUCCUAGCGUCGCGUGGGCAACAAACAAAGCUGAUCCGUCAGAUGGCCGCUCCAUUGUGCAAACUCUUGAGGCAUGCAUGAACCUCGAGCGCAUGGUCGAAGUUUUUGACAGCGGCUUUGAGCUAGCGGGUCCUUGCCUACGACGUAUAUUUGACAGGGAAGGGAAAGGAUACGGACCGUCAGCCUCACGCGAACACCGGGACGAAUACUUGGAGCGGGUGUCUAGCAUUCGUGGCCGGAUUAGUGAUCUCAUGCUUCACUUUGUGCACGAAACGGAUAAAAGAACAGACUUUAUCGGGAUCUGUACUUUUGAUUUCGAGGGUUUACGUGCCCAAGUCCUCCACAGCCUGAUACCCAUGACGCCUUGGCAACCUAUGAGAAUGAAUCGACCAAAGUUUGUCAACGAAGAGGUGGACAAUAUCUGCAAUCCUCCCAUCGUUAACGCCGAUUUGCAGAGACCAAUAGUAUACAGAUCACUACUUGCACUGAUCGAUAAAGGCAUUACGGACGUCGAAGAGCGCAUGAUGCGACGGGAGGUUGUCAUGAACUUCGCCCAAGUCGUGCACGAUGCUGCGAUGGAAUUAGUUGGGGGGCAGAGCGAAGUCACCUAUGAGUAUUUAGGUGAUAACUUUGCGCGUAUCUUGGCACGCAUUGUGCAAUCCAAUGACCAACUCAACUCUGAUCACGGCCUUCACGCCGACGACUCGAGUAAUGCCGGUGGACGUGAGGACCUUGUCGUGGAUCAUUUUCUCCUAUCACCAUUUUAUGGUGACGAGGCCGACAGCAGCCGUCAUGAUGGUCCCCUUAUUCUCUAUAGUGGAAAUGAAGAGGAGAACGAUCCUUUUUUGGAAAAGAUGUAUUUCGACAAGGCGGGUCAGCCAUUAGGGUCGAGGCCAGUCGAGGGCGCCAGCUCGUUUGAAAUAAUGUACGACAGGACAAUGCUGAGCGAACCCAGGCGCAGGGCUAACAGCAUCUACCGCGACAAUUCAAGCGCUUUUGCCGACGAUGAACUUGACGCAGAACCGCAACGCGCAGAUGGCGACGUGGAAGAUCGAGAAUCUUCAGAGGAAGCACGAUGCAAUUAUCCAACCGAUCCGGUGGUUCCUCUGGUUGAGGAAUCAGAAGAAGCCACUGACAGCAAGAAUGAGACCUACAAUACUGUCUCUUCGUCGAAAAGAUCUAGGCCUUCCUUCAUCCGUGGCGGACCAAGCGGCAGACUUUCCAUGUGGCGCCGUACCGAGAAGCGCAAAUCAACUCAAGUGCAUCUUGUUUUCCAAGAUCUGUGCGAUUUUCUCGCUGGCCGAGAGUUCUUCAUCACCGAGAUGGGCCUGAUGGGACUCACUGGGCCUGGCGUUCGAGGAGUUUGUGACGGUGACGACUUGCUAAUGCUGCAGGACAUGGCUUUUCCCAUUGUCGCAAGGCUUGAACCUUCAGAGGAGCUGGGGAAUCCCAAGAUGCGACGCAGAUCCAUGCCAACAUUAAGGAUGCGAAGGGAAAUAAUAGGCUCGGCAAUUGUGCGUGGCAUCGACACAAAGGGCGGCCAUACAGACAAGGUCGAGUUCCCAGAACAUUUUGAGCCUUUGAGCGGCAAGAAGUUGGGACUCCUGCGGAUCAAGUAA